UUCCCGUGACGGACGCAACUAUAGUGAAGCGCAUCAAUCAACACAGAGAAAAAAGCUAAGCAGCAAUUACACAAGAGUCCCACUGGGUAGAUAACGGAAAAUUUAAAAAUAUCGUUUUUUUAUACAGAAAAAUUCAACACUUGACUGAAAUAAAUGUAAUUUAAAUAAAAAACUUAAGUAAUAAAAGGGAUAAUAGCAAAAAAUUUCGGUAUCCUGGCUUUUUUGCCGUUUUUGGCAAACACUUUAAGCGAUUCGAAAGAAAUUUCAUACAUAUAUACGUUUCACCAAAAACGGGUCAAGUAAGAAAAUAACUGAAAAAUAUUUAUUAAAAAGUAAGUUUUCGCAUUCGUAAAGGAAAAAUCCAGCUAUCGAUUACACCUGCGGAAAACUUUUAAGAAAAGAAAAACCAGUUAGUGCUAAUUGCUGGUGGCACUGUGAGGCACUCAUAGCAGCAGAAGGGAAAAUAUUGAUUUGUAACAUAAAUCAAAAUCGUUGCCAGCGAAAAUUUCCAUAGCAAAAACAAAGAACAAAGCAUUGGCGGCUAACAAAGUUCGGCGUAAGCAGCGAACCCUUUACGAAUUGCAGCGAAAAGGCUGAAACGAAAUCGCACUGUGAGCUGUGAAGUAAACUGGAACGCAGGCAGCUAAAACAAAUAGUAAUACUUUAAGGCGCAUAACAACAACUUACUAAGAAUUAAGGCUAAAGUCACUGCUGGUGUAAUAAGGAACAAUUUGUCAGUGAGAAAGACAGUGCUGGCCCAAAAGAGUGGUGAUAACGAGCGUGCGAAAGGGUAUAACCUGAUUUAAAGCGGAAAAGGAUAUCGUGAGAGAGGAAAUACUAAAGAAGUGGGACUGAGGGAGUUCGUAUUUGGCAGAAGAACUAGAGAGUUCGACUACAAGGAGUUCAAAUAAACCAAGCACAUAUUUACUACCUUUUCUUAACCAACAGGCAGUGCAACUAAGCAAGAGAAGCAGCCAACACCUUAUUGCUGCGUACCGUGUGCCCUCUCGUAUGCACAUAGAGUACACGUUGUCGUAUACGUAACAAAUUUUAUUAAGCGCUCACCUUGACUCACUUUCAUUGAGUAUUUAGUCCUACAGCUUUUUCGCCAAAACCAGAAAAAUGUCGCCAUAAAUAUAUAAAACACGCAACGGUUAACUUGGCCAAGAACAAGUUGAACUUCCGCUUAAAAUUCUACAAUAUUUUGAUAAUUUGAACUUUAUAUACGUUAACUAGCCGAAAAGCAUAAAAAAACAAGAGACUACAAAAAAUCUACUACUUAAAUAGUACUAGCAACAAUAAAAAGUUUUGUGCCAAAGGCAGCGCCGUAAAAAGUAAAUAUUUUACUUGUACUCAAACACCUUUUUGUAAUCAACUGUUUUAAAUACGUUCUUGUGUUGUUUUUUUUUUUUUUAUAUACAUUUAACAAAUUUUGCGUCAAUUACCGUUAACCGCAUUUCAAUCGACUGCUUGCUGGUUAGUAGAACGCAGCAGCCGCAGCGACAUCACCAAAGUUUUGCCGUUGCCGUUGUUGUCGGGGUGGUCGCCGUCGUCGUCGUAGUCGUCGGUGACAUCCGCUGUUCGGUGCCAUCGCUCACUUCGUAACUCAAAAUAAAAAUUCCGCCGACGUUGGUCUUGUCGCAACUAUUCGCUUGCAUCAAAAAAAGCCGAUUUAAACCAAUGCAUUUAGGUUUCAAACGUGCAAAACGCCAAAACCAAAAACGUUUUUCGAUUAGUAAAAAAUGUCUUUGCCCCGAGAAUGGAAUCUUCCGAAUUCACGGGGACCGUUUCACUGCACGAGUGAACCGUACCCAACUGGUGGAGUCCAGCACCAGUCGGGAGGGUUCAUUCGCUCAUCCACGGACAGUGUUGGUGAACCUGGCGUUUACAUCACCGAUCAGCAUAAUCAUCACGCCGCCACCGAUAUACCACCAUCGCCGCCACCAUCUCUCGUCGGCGAUUCGUGUGAACUACCGACUGCUGUUGCUUGCUCUCAGCCCGCCCCACAAUCAUUGCUUACCGAGUGUCAACAGUCAACUGGCUCGCUCUUCUCAGUUGUCUCGGCGCCACCGGUGCCGCUUGCAGAGCUCGACGUUAAGCAAGUGGAUUCACUCAAUAGCGGUGGACUUGCCAAAGUCAUGGGCAUCGGCGGAGGGCUUGGACUGCAAGCGGGUGUCGGGUUGGGCUUCUCAACAAUGGGCGGUAGUGCGCAAAACGCAUAUUCCACCACGUCAAUGGACGCAGCCACCGCCGCCACGGUAUUGGCUGCGGGUGCAGCAAUCGGCUGCACAAUGGAUGGCACGGCCACCAUCGCUGGCACCACCACCCAUGGAAUACAACGCCGCCCGGCCACGUUGCCCAUUAAUACGCCCUACUGUCCGGCUCCGACUAGUCGCACUUUACACGCCAGCCUCUUGGAACAUCAAAUUACCGAAAUUGAAGAGGAGGACAAUGAAAAUCUGUUGACUGUCUCCAGUAUUACAGCGCGGCCUCUAAUCGCCAAAUCGCGUGAGAUACGUUCGAACCGUCAACUACAGUUGAUCGAACAAGCCGCGAAACGUGGGGGUAAACAGCCAAGACGCGCUAAUGCGUCUGCACGCGCCGCCGACGGCAGUGGCGCCGAUACGGAUCAGUGCGUUGCGGGCAAGCGCACAACCUCUGCUUCUUCACGUUCCUCUGUUAAUGCCGAUCCACCAGAUGGAGGAUACGGCUGGUUAAUUGUUUUUGGUGCUUUUUCUGUACAAUUUUGGGUUGCCGGAUUGGUCAAAUCCUAUGGUGUACUUUAUGUGGAAAUUAUGGAAACAUUUCCGAGCUCUACGGCUACUGUGGCUUCCUGGAUACCAGCCAUACUUUCAGCGCUGUGUUUGGUUUUGGCGCCUGUAUCCAGCGCACUUUGUCAGCGGUUUUCUUGCCGGUCAGUUGUUUUUGUAGGUGGACUCUUCUGUGCACUGGGUCUAAUGUUGAGCUACUUUGCGACCAGCUUACUACAUUUACUAAUAACAUUUGGAGUUUUGACAGGCAUUGGUGGCGGUCUUUCCACAACGCCUGGAGUAGUUAUUGUGUCACAGUACUUCGACAAACAUCGCGCGCUAGCUAACGGCAUCUGUGUAUCGGGCACCGCUGCAGGUAGUUUUAUACUACCGGUGCUCAUUAAACAUUUGGCAGAGGCUUUCGGAUUCCACGGAACGAUAUUAAUUUUAGGCUGUUGCAUGUUUCAUGUCUGCGUCUCAGCAACACUCUAUAGACCGUUAGAGGAUUACAAUAGCGAGCAUGGCAAGUUGAACGAGGACGAAGAGGAAUCGGCCAAACCGCUGAACGAUAUAAAUCCCAGCACCACGGGUAUGCUAACUAGCUCCACAUAUUUGGACACAUGUGAUGCUACGCUCAAUAAUAAAUUCAUCGAGCACCUCUUCAUGGAAGAAUCAAAGAAUCGUCUAAACGAUCUGUACUCUGGCAAAGAAAGUGCAAAUGAAAAACAAAACACCGCUGCACAGGAAAGUGAUGACGAAGUCAAGGAUGUCAUUGGCGAGACCACAUUCAUUAAGCCAAUGAAGAAAGUGCGCAGUUCGGGUAUUAUGCACUCCGUGGAAGAUCUCAGCACAGAUUCCACUUGGAUGUAUCGCAAGAAUUCGGGCACCGAUUCAAAUCGUGGCAGCCGCCGACGUCGUAAUGUUUUUGCCAACGAUGAGAUCAUCUCGAAGAUAAAGGCACAUCUGGAAAAACCGCUCUCACCACCUGCCGUGGUAACACGUGGACUUAGCAAAAGCAUGGAGAUACCAACACCAGUUAGUAAUUUCACUGACCUAAACAAGCGUGGUGAACUGCAUGACCUCAGCGGCGCUAUAGUGACUCAACCACCAAUUCGCGUUGGCGCAAGUGAUGGCGAGGACGAAGAUGAUGACGAUGAGCCACGCACUUGUUGUGAUCGCAUCGAAAUGUAUUUGGAUAUAAGUUUGUUAAAGGAUACUACUUUCAUACUGAUGUGCUUGUCGGUGACAUUGAUGUCGGUCGGUUGUCCCUACAUGCUUUACUACCUACCAGCGCACGUUAUUUCAAUUGGAAACAACAAAAGCCAAGCUGGCUACCUUGUCGCCGUGAGCGCUGUGCUGGAUUUAUGUGGUCGUUUGGGACUUGGCUGGUUGUCAGAUUUGCAACUCUUUGAUCGCAAAAAGACUUAUAUUUUUUGUAUACUCGGCGCUGGUAUUGCCGUACUCACCAUACCAUCGGAGAAUUCUCUGUAUUUAAUAGGUGUAUCCGCUGCUAUUUAUGGUUUCUGUUUGGGCAGCUGGUAUGUUUUGAUGCCAGUAUUGUUAGCUGAUAUCUUCGGUACGGAUCGUAUUAGUUCCAGCUAUGGCUUGGUGCGUAUGUUCCAGAGCAUCGGCGCUAUCUCAGUGCCACCUUUGGCAGGUUUCCUGCGAGACGUUACAGGUAGCUACGCGAUUUGCUUCUAUUGUAUGGGCGCUUGCAUGGUCUUGGGCAGCAUUCCGCUGCUAGUUUCGGCGUUAAUGGAAAGCCGGGACAGCGAUCCAUUCGAACAACCUGACGAGAGUGAUGAAAACUCUACGGUAUCCUAAGUGGUGAUAAAUGUUUCGAAGAUUUUCGAAAUGGAUGAAAUAUAUUCUUAAUAAGUGUUUUCUGACAAAUUUAAAUACCUAAACCCGGAAAGAUCUGUGAAAUCGGAGUUUGUGGAUAGUACGUAAAUUAUACAAUUAAUCGUACCCAUGCUAUUCGCUAGUAGCUACUCGUAUUUAGCGCAGUUUUGAUGUUGAAAGAGCUUCUAAAUUCGUGUUGACAUCUCUGUAUGUGUAAUUAACAAAUUAACGUAGAAAAGUAGUAAUAACAAUAAUUCCGUAUGUAUUUUAAAUGAAUACGCCCACACAUGCAAUAUUUUGCUGUACUAGUAGAUUAUACAUAGAAUUUUAAACACUGUAUACCACAGCUCUCUACCAAAGACAAAUUGCAUACGGCCAUAGACCUUGGUAUACUUGUUCCUGACUCAAAUGCAGUAAAACGAAUUUAUUUUGGAAAAUUAAAGUUUAAGUAUCCACAUGCAAAUUUAUGUAGUCACAGCCCAUAUUUUUAGCUGAAGAAUUUCCUAUUUUUAACCGACUUCAAAAAAAGAAGGAAGGUCAUCAAUUCGUCGGAA